CUGCCCAGGUUUGCUCAGGGCGUGGCGGUGUGGAUAAAGGCUGCCCUGGCUUGGGAGUCCAUACUCUGCUUUCUCCCGGAACCUCGCAGCCUGUUGAGCUACUCAGGUCAACGCUGACAUGCAAGAGUUUGCUCUGAGCCUGUUGGUCCUUCUAGCAGGCCUGCCUACUUUGGAUGCCAAUGACCCUGAAGAUAAAGAUAGCCCUUUCUACUAUGAUUGGCACAGCCUCCGAGUCGGCGGGCUCAUCUGUGCAGGGAUUCUCUGUGCCCUGGGCAUUAUAGUUCUCAUGAGUGGCAAGUGCAAAUGCAAGUUCAGCCAGAAACCCAGCCACCGUCCAGGAGAUGGGCCACCCCUCAUCACACCAGGUAUGACACAGGAUGAUUGGGGGUGACACGUGGGGGUAAUGGUCACUAGUGGAAGCUGGAGUGGGAGCGUGCCUGCGUCAGGGAGAAGGAAAGGGGAGAUGCUUGCCAACUGACUCCAUUCCCUCUACCAGGCUCUGCUCACAACUGCUGAGGAUGGAUCCGUUAAAAGAGCGCAGGUCCUGUCUCUGGAGAUGGGCUUGAACUCCAAGAUGUCUGGGCUCCUCCUCUCCUGACACUGCCUUCCCCGAGCCUCAUCUCAUGGUACCAGGUUCUUUGUUCAGUUUUUAAUAUAAAAUGAUUUUACGUCAUG